AUGGCUGCGCUGUUCUUCGCCCCCCAUCCCUCCACUCCCCAGCCUCAGCUGUUUCAUCCAUCCUCCUCUUCUCCUGGACAUCAGCCACAGUCGCCUUGGAUUACCAGAGGAAACGCCCAGUUAAGGCUCCCCACGGAUGCCUGUGUGCAUGUGGGAAAUCUCUCCAGCGGCGUCUGUCCGAAUAUCCUCCAGCACGAACUGGAGCAACUCUUCUCCCAGUUUGGAGUGUGCUGGGCGCAGGUUCGCGCAGGAAGGACAGGUCUUCAUAGCGGUUGGGUGCAGUUUACAGAUAGGUCCCACGCUCAAGCAGCUAUCGGGCAGCACCAGAAUAUCUUCCUCAGAGAUCGUCCUCUGAGAAUAGAGGCUGCAAAUGGCCUCAGAAACCGUGGAGAGUCGGUGGUGAAUCACGAUGAAAGGGCUGGGCUAAACACCUCGCCACUAUAUAUGCCCCCCAUGGCCAUACCGCCCAGCCAGCCUGCCGCGUAUGGGCCUCCCUUAUUGUAUAGCUGGUUGCCGGCUGUACCAGUACACGGUAGUCUUCACGUACCUCCCCAUGUCUCUGGUGCUUUACCUCCCGCACCAUCGUACCCUAGUCAUCACACAUUAUCAUCGCAAGCCGCCAACGCACAUACACCACAAUCACCUUCCUCCUCUUCUUCUUCGUCAAGCAACAAUAUUGACACACAGCCCACGACACCCGGCUGUGAUGAAGUACUAGAAUGCGAGGCCAAUCAAGAACGGGAAGGCAUCGAGACCAGCCGGUCUAACCUUCCCUGUGACAUGCUACUAUCCACUGGCCGCACAGUUAGGGACUACGUUAACGAAAUGAAGAGCGUACGAGGUAUCGUUCUCAAUGAAGAGGCCACCCUUGAACUCAUCCUGGAGGUGGAGGAAGAGGCACGGGAUCAAGGUCUGUUGCCUGUGUUGACGUCCAAGCCAGACUGA